AUUUUAUUUUCCACUCCUUUCUCUCUCCCCUUUGUUUGUUUCACAAAGGCAAGGCUUUGUUCUGUUAGAAUUUAGAAAAUCCCCAUUUUUCUCCAAAACAACAAAAAGAAAUCCUUUUCUCUUCUCUUCUCUUUUUCACGAUUUUUUUUAUUAUAAAUUUCAUCCAAUUCUUUUAUUUUUCAGAAUUUUUUUUAAAGAAAAUACUCACUCCCUAAAUAAAAAAAAAAGGAAAAGGAAAUACAAACUUACCAUACCAAAGGCAAGGGAAAGGAAAUUGUUUUUCGUAUUUGUCUAAUUUUCUGGGGGUUAGGGUUUUGAUCGAUCUGAGAGAGUCAGAUUAUGGGUGGGGAUGGCGAUUCGAGUGAGUCAAGACUCGGUGACAAUGGAGGAGGAGAAGAAGAGGGAGUGAUGGUUAAUAUCCGAUGCUCUAAUGGUUCAAAAUUUACGGUUAGGACCAAACUCGAAUCAACCAUUGGAUCUUUCAAAGUUGUUUUAGCUCAGAGUUGCGAUAUCCCAGCUGAUCAGCAACGAUUGAUUUAUAAAGGCCGAAUCUUAAAAGACGACCAAACCCUUCAAAGUUACGGUUUGCAAGCUGAUCAUACUAUUCAUAUGGUCCGUAGUUUUGCCCCAUCUUCAUCGGCCCCUCCUCCUGUUGCUACUACAAAUGUUGGAACUCCAAAUACUACACCAGGGGUCACACGUGGUGUUGGUUCUAAUGAGGGUGCUGGUCUGGGAGCAUCAAUUUUCCCUGGACUUAAUCCGCUUGGUGGUAAUGGAGGUAGUUUUGGUUUGUUUGGAUCAGGACUUCCUGAAUUUGAACAAGUACAGCAACAACUAACUCAAAAUCCCAACAUGAUGAGGGAAAUAAUGAAUACACCUGCUAUUCAAAGUUUGGUGAAUAACCCAGAGUUAAUGCGCACUUUGAUUAUGAGCAAUCCCCAAAUGCGUGAGAUUAUUGACCGGAAUCCAGAGCUUGGGCAUAUACUUAAUGAUCCUAGCAUUCUGCGACAGACUUUGGAAGCUGCUAGGAAUCCUGAACUCAUGCGUGAAAUGAUGCGAAACACUGACAGGGCUAUGAGUAAUAUUGAAUCCUCUCCUGAGGGAUUUAACAUGCUUAGGCGUAUGUAUGAAAAUGUUCAGGAGCCAUUUUUGAAUGCUACAACUAUGGCUGGAAAUAAUGGAAAUUCUCCAGGUUCAAACCCAUUCGCAGCCCUUUUGGGCAAUCAAGGCGGUUCUCAAGCUAGGGAUUCACCUAGUAACAUUUCUGUAACUGGUUCUGAAAGCAUUCAAGGACAAACUUCCCCAAACACAAAUCCUCUUCCUAACCCUUGGAACAACACUGUUAGAGGUGUAACCCAGACCAAUACUACUGCGAGGUCAAAUCCUGCUGGGGAUGCUAGGACACCAGGUAUUGGUGGUCUGGGAGGCCUCGGGCUUCCAGAUAUGCCACCCAUGUUGAAUGGAAUGCCAGAUGCUUCUCAGAUGACUCAAUUGUUGCAAAAUCCAGCUAUAUCACAGAUGAUGCAGAGCAUAAUGUCUAAUCCCCAAUAUAUGAAUCAGAUUAUGAACCUCAACCCCCAACUUCGUGAAAUGUUUGAUUUGAAUCCUCAAUUGAGAGAAAUGAUGCAAAACCCAGAAGUACUUCGUCAGAUGUUUUCCCCUGAUACAAUGCAGCAAAUGCUAUCUUUACAGCAGUCUCUUAUGUCUCAGCUCAAUCGACAGCAAACAUCCCAGGAUUCAACACAGACAAGUGGUACUGCAGGAGCACCCCCUACUGCUAGUCUGGAUUUGUUGAUGAAUAUGUUUGGUGGUCUAGGUGCUGGCGGCCUCAGUGUUCCCAACCAACCUGAUGUUCCCCCAGAAGAACUGUAUGCCACGCAAUUAUCACAACUCCAAGAAAUGGGCUUCUAUGAUACACAAGAGAAUAUCAGAGCACUUCGUGCUACUGCGGGAAACGUCCAUGCUGCAGUUGAGAGACUCCUGGGAAAUUCUGGGCAGUAAUUCAUCACAACUUGAUGCUUUUUAAACUUUUAGCAAAGAGCUCUCAUGUAAGACAUGUAAGAUGAGUGGCCUGGUGCCUUAGCAAAACCACAGAUUAUGGGGUAUACAUGCUGAUUCCUUUUUUGGGCGUGUUUAAUAAGUUAGUAAACACGAUGAUAUACCCGAGACCGUGUUGAUAUAGGCUUAUGCAAUACUUGGAUCAUCCCAUAUUUCACCCACGCACUUGCUUAUGUACAUACACUUUGGAUUAUUGCUUUCCAAUUUUAGACUUAAAAAGGAUGCUCAUGGCAAUGUGACUUGUUUC